UUUGUGCAUACGACUUUGACGUCUCGUCCGUCUGCUUCCUCUUUAGAAAAAGUUUUGUUUUUGAUUUUAGAUUUAUGGCUAAGAGAUUUUAAUAAAAUCCUCGACUAGAUAAUUUUACGAGAUUUGCUAUACGGUUGGUGUCCAACAUGAAACUACCGGAUUGACUAAUCUGCAAUGAAAGUGGAUAAGCUCCUACGUGCGUGAUAACACCGUUGAAGUAUUAUGAUAACAACUUGAUACAAGAAGUUCGUGGUAUAAAAUGUUUCUGACCAUUGUGGUUUUCCCCAGAAUAGAAUACGACGUAUUGACAAUAUAUUUUGCGCUUAGCAAUCGUGUAGUAAACAAUAUUUCGAGGAAUUUUUAGUAACCUUUACAGACACGGGAGAGGAUAUGCCCGAGUGUUCUUAUUGCGCUAAAAACUUUAAAUAUGAAAGUGAAAAGAAAAGACAUGAACUGAGUCAUAUACCUCAGUUCGAAUGCAAAGAAUGCAGCAAAAGGUUUAGUUUUAAGUCAGCACUGAAAAGACAUCAAAAGCAGCAUGAAAGAACUUGCAGUGUAGUUUGCAGCAAUUGUGGGCGCAGUUUCAAAGAUGACAUAUUACUGAAACGUCAUAUAAAAUAUGCACACAAAGGUACUCAUGUUUGCUCAAAAUGCAGUUCAACAUUCAGCAGUGAGAUGGCGUUGGCCUCUCACAUGAUAUCACACAAGCCAAAGUCAGAGAGGAGGUUUAAAUGCAACUACUCUGGCUGCAACAAGUCCUUCAACUUUACACACCAUCUCAGACAUCAUGAGCUGACUCAUACCAACCAAAAACAGCACAGUUGUAAGAUAUGUGGAAAAGGUUUCAUUCAGUUACACCAUUUGAAAGCACAUCUUAAAUCUCAUACCUCAGAUGGUUUGCUAAAUUGUUCUGUUCUGGGUUGUAAUAAAACUUUUACAACUGAAUGCUCAAGAAAACGGCAUAUUGCCACACACAACUCUACUGUCGACAGCGGAAUAUCCUCGGACUCCAACUGUGACAUUCCACUAGAUUCUACUAAAGGCUCCAAACGCUGUGCAACAUGUGGACAAAAGAUAGAACUAUCAUUGUAUAAAAUUCAUAAAGAAAAAUGUCACAUAAGCAACGAAGAACCUAAAGAUCUGUCACUAAAUCCAUUAUCUAAUAAAGAUCACAAUAAAAUUAAAGUGAAACCAGAGUUGAACUGUGAAUCAAUUUUAGGUGGUUGUAUUGUUAGUGGUGAUUCACCAGACAAUGACUGCUUGUGUGCUCAAAUUAAAACAGACGAUGACUUUCAUGACAUAGCAAGCCCCAUAGAACCAUUUAGCAGUAAAACUGAAAUGAUACCUGUAGAACCAAUCGGGGAUAGGGAUAAGCUAACCCUGAACACUAGUUGUGGAGGUUGCGACUGUUCUGGUAAAAAACAAUGUCAUUCAAGUACAAACAAACAUUAUGCUAGUGAUAAUGAUUUACCACAAAUAGAAUACAGAAACGAUGGUGUGAUAAAGAUAAAGGAUACAUUUGAUAUUGACAUAACAGAAAUCAGUACACCUAAAGUCGCAUGGAAAGCAGAUGAACAAAAUGAUUUAUUUAAUGUAUUUGUGCCAUACAAUAGUUGUCAAGCUGUAUUAGGAAGAUGCAUCGUGAGUGGAAAUGGUACAAUUAGCGACGAAUGUCUAUGUGCAAAAAUGGCCAUGGAUGAUGAGACCAACAUUGCACAGGAAAUUGAUGAAAUAACACCACAGCCAUAUAUUUCAAACGGAUAGUAAACUUGAAACUGUGAUUUAGUAUUAUAUCAAUGUUAGUUUAUGUUAUUGUGUUAAUGAUAUACAUUUGUUAAGUCCUGAAUAAUAUACUAAUAUUUUACUAC